AUGGCUCAGCAGUUAAGAGCAUUGCCUGCUCUUACAAAGGUCCUGGGUUCUUUCGUUCAAUCAUACACAGGCGCCCCCAGGAAGCAGCGACGGGAGCGAACCACAUUCACCAGGAGCCAGUUGGAAGAGCUGGAGGCCCUGUUUUCCAAGACCCAGUACCCGGAUGUGUACGCCCGUGAGGAGGUGGCUCUCAAGAUCAACCUGCCUGAGUCCAGGGUCCAGGUAUGGUUCAAGAAUCGCAGAGCGAAAUGCAGACAGCAGCGGCAGCAGCAGAAACAGCAGCAGCAGCCCCCAGGGGGACAGGUCAAGGUUCGCCCUGUGAAGAGGAAAGCAGGCACAUCCCCACGGCCCUCUGCAGAUGUUUGUACAGACCCUCUGGGCAUCUCAGAUUCCUACAGCCCAUCUCUGCCUGGUCCCUCAGGCUCACCUACCACAGCUGUGGCCACUGUGUCCAUUUGGAGUCCGGCCUCGGAGUCUCCUUUGCCUGAGGCCCAGCGAGCUGGGCUAGUGGCCUCAGGGCCCUCUCUCACCUCAGCCCCCUAUGCCAUGACCUAUGCUCCUGCCUCUGCUUUCUGCUCUUCUCCCUCCGCUUAUGCGUCUCCAAGUUCCUAUUUCAGUGGGCUGGAUCCCUACCUUUCUCCCAUGGUGCCCCAAUUAGGGGGUCCGGCUCUCAGCCCUCUCUCAGGCCCUUCUGUGGGGCCAUCUCUGGCCCAAUCCCCUACCUCCUUGUCAGGCCAGAGCUACAGUACCUACAGCCCCAUGGACAGCCUGGAAUUCAAGGACCCCACAGGCACCUGGAAAUUCACCUACAACCCCAUGGACCCUCUGGACUACAAAGAUCAGAGUGCCUGGAAAUUUCAGAUCCUGUAG